AUGCCGCCCGCUUCAUACCCAUCAAUUCAAUCUUUCUUUCAGAAAGAAGUUCGAGUUCAAUCCAUCUCUUCACCUUUGCGGGGGAGAGAAAUGUCGAGUCCUUUGGGUGGUGGAAGGGAUGAAGGAGGAGAGUUGAGGGUGGGAGGAGAUCCAGGUGUAGGGGAAGAAAGAAUAAUAGAAGAUGGGGAUGGAAAAGGAAGAGAUGGAAAGGGAGAUGGGUUUACUGAAGAAGAAUUAAAUGAAGCCAUGGAUCCAUUGACCAGAAAAUGGAAUCCAAGCAGAGAAUAUGAGAGUGUAGAUGUGGGGGCAUUAAUUCCUGGGAGAGUGGUAAGUUUUGCGACGGUUAUUGGGAAGAGUGCAAAACAGCCUAGGGCGAAAGGAUGGCAUUAUGCGGGGGUUAGGGGGGAGGGUGGUGUUGUUUCUGUCAAACUUUACUUUGCAAAUCAACUUUAUCCCCUCAAACUCGGUCAACUUCUCUCAAUCUGGACAGCCUUCAUAUCCGAUACCUCGAAAGCCGACGGUACAUCCACAGCUGGUAUCAUCGCCUGUGCAAACCUUUUCCCAGGUAGAAAUACAAGUGAUCACGUCAUGAUCCAUACCCAUUCCGGUGCUUCAGAUAUCUGUCGUAUUCCACUUGGUUACAAAAAAGACGAACCUUUACCGGGAUUAAUGACGCUUGAAGGUUAUCUAAAAGGAGGAUAUGAUGGGGUUGUGGGUGUCAAAUUAUUGGUUUGUGUAAAGAGUAUUGGAGCGAGAAAGAAAAUUGUUAAAAAGGAUGGGGGAGAGUCGGAUCUUAUUGAAGUUGUGCUAUUUGAUCAUACCGCGGAAGUCAAGAUGAAAUGUUGGGGUGAUUUGAUUGAGAGUGUGAAGGAAUGGUUGCCUGGAAAAACAAUACUUCUUAUGUCGAAUCCGAUGCAUAAGCUUGGUUUUGGUGGGAAAGGGGUAGUGGGGUUUGGAAGAAAUACUAUAAUGGAUGUAGAGCCAGAGUUUGCGGAUGCAAAUUGGUUGAGAAGAUGGGCAAGAGGAUUGAUGAGGAAGGAGAGUGUAGGGAUUACUUUUCCAAAUGAGGUUUGGGGGGAAGAGGGUGUACAAGAGGCGAUUUAUGGACCGAGGACUGCGUUAUUUGGGUUGAGGGAUGUGGAGGAUUGGGUUAGGGAGGAGUCGAGGGAGACGUUUACUGGGUGGAUUAGUGUGGUGAUUUUGGAGAUGGAUUUGUUGAGGAUUUGGAAGAGGAAUAUGCUGAUGUCUGCGGUAUACCAAUCUACAACAAUACCCCCACAACACCCUGUCCACACUGCGCGAAACCACUAA